AACUCAUAAUUCAAAAAAAAAAAUCAAAAUAUUCUCCCACUUUUGUUCAGUCUCCUACUUACUUGUAAAGAGUGUAAAGACAUAGCCUUUGUUCGAUACUACUUGAAAAAAUGUCAUCUUUAAUGUUAAUUUCAAAUCAUACAUUUUCUCACAUAAGAUUUUCUUGAGGAGAAAAAAAAAAUGUUGUGCAGGAAAAAUUUAAGCUGUGAUGAAGAAGACAACAAUGGAGGAUCUGUACCAGUUCAUCUCAAUGUUUAUGAUCUAACUCCAAUCAAUGGCUAUGCUUAUUGGCUUGGCCUUGGUGUUUAUCAUUCUGGUGUUCAAGUUCAUGGAGUUGAAUAUGCAUUUGGGGCUCAUGAGUAUCCAACAACUGGGAUUUUUGAAGGAGAACCAAAACAGUGUGAGGGAUUUACAUUCAGAAAAACAAUUUUGAUUGGAAAAACAGAUUUAAGUUCUUCUCAGGUAAGAACAGUUAUGGAGGAAUUAGCAGAAGAAUUCAGAGGAAAUGCUUAUAAUUUAAUCACUAAAAACUGUAACCAUUUCUGUAAUAAUGCUUGUGUUAAACUCACCGGUAAUCCGAUUCCGAAUUGGGUUAAUCGACUCGCUAGAAUCGGGUUUUUAUGCAAUUGUGUUCUUCCUGCGAAUUUAAAUUCGACUAAAGUUCGACAUCAUAAAAUCGAAGAGAAAUCUGAAGUAACGGAGAAGAAAAAAUUAACAAGUGUAUCGGAUAGAUUUACGUCUUCUUCAAAUUCAUCGUCUUCCUCGUCGUUAUCUCCUCCCGGAAAUCAAAUUCGCGGUAGAAGUAGAAGCAGAAGUAGACGCAUUCUUCCACCAUCUCCUCCUUUGAUUACUUCACCACCAAUUUGAUGGAAUGUGAUUCUUUUUUUGAACUUUUUAUUUCUUGAAGAAAUUUCGAAAUUAAAUGAGGGGAAAUGAAAUGUUAAUUCUAUUUUUCUUUCA